AUAUUCGGUAUGUCUGUCACCUUACCUUAAUAAAAGAGGGGGCAUUGUCACGUACUUCCAUAAUAACAUUAACAAUUCAGAAAAAAGGGGGCAGCAAACCACCGUGACUAUUCGCAAAAUUUCUAGAUUUGUAGAUGGAAACCCUAGAAUUUGAAUUUGCGCCUGGACAUUGGAGGGCGUAUAUGCACACGUGAGCCAUCCAUCUCUGAUUGGGCGCUUAAUGAAGGAUGUUUCGAUUUUGAAAUUCAUGAAGGUUUGAUCAUCUCUGAAAAUUAUACGAGUUAUUUUUUUGUUUGGGCUUCGAAGUGGAUUUUGUUUUCUGACGUGAUUCUGCUUUGUAAUUGGUUUUUUCGAUCUAUGAAUGCUGAUUGGAUGGUGGAUUGUGAUUGGUGUCGUUGUGGGAAAUGAUACUUAUUUCCACUCACUGGUGAAAAAAAUUGACCUUUUGGCGUGGAUUGUGUUUAAUGUGAAGCAAUAUUAGUUGUUUAUUUGUGGAGCGAUUGUGGCGUUUGAUUUGAAACAGUGAAUCGGAUUGCAUUGGAUUUUGAGAGAACAUCUUCCAGAAAAAUGCCAAUUUGAGCGGUGGCUAGCUUUGGGGAGUGGUUUGUUGAUGCGUUUGGGUGUAUAUGACGUUGAUAUCGUAUAUUUGUGAUUUUACUGUACUUGGACGGUGGGUUUAAUUCUGGAAAUUAGAUUGCUGCUAGGUUUGGUGUAUUGCAUUUUUUUUUCCGUUGUUGGAGGAAUCACUGAAUCAUCAAUUUAGCAGUGUGAAGAAAUUGUGGUUUUUGUGAAUGAGGGCUUUUAAGGGGAAAAGGAGAUGAUAGGUGAACUCUUGGGUUCAGAGGUACCAUGACUGGAGGGGCAUUGGGUUUACGUACAGGGAGUUAUGGAUCAUUGCAGCUACAAACAUAUAAUGGUGCCUUGCGGGCCCAAUCAACCGCAAUUCUUGUGCGCAAGCCUUCAAAGCUGCUCCUUUCUAGUUCAAGAGAGAAGGAAAGGUUACUGCCACUCAUUUGCAGAUAUUUAGGUCGAAGGAGAAUUGGAAUGCUUGUUUUGGUUGUCUUUGCUCUUUUAAUGUUUGUGGCGAGCUUCUUUACAGUAGAUAAAGAUGCACCAGGAAGUUCUGGUUCAACCAUUGCUCAACGUCUCCAAAAUAUAAGGCCUUAUGAGUAUAAUGGAUCAAGUUUUCCUGUGACUUUACAUUUUCCUGUAAAAGAAGAUAACCAGAAGGGUAAUCCAUCUGUACUGGUGACUGCAACGGAAUUUGGUGGGAAUAAAGCCCAGCCUCAUCCUCCUGUGAUUUCUCAUCAGUGCGCAAAUUUUGCCUUUCCUCCUCCUCCUCCAUCUGGUGGAAAAAGGAUUGGACCACGGCCAUGUCCUGUUUGUUACCUUCCUGUCAAAGAAGCUAUAGCUAGUAUGCCAAGCUCUCCACAAAUAUCUCCUGUUCUUCGUAAUUUGAAUUAUUUUCAUGAGGAAAACCCAAUUAAAACUGAAUCGCAUGGAGGCUCUGACUUUGGUGGAUAUCCUUCUCUAAAGCAAAGGAAUGAGUCUUUUGAUGUAAAAGAGUCAAUGAUGGUGCAUUGUGGGUUUGUCAAAGGAAACAGACCUGGUCACCAGACGGGGUUUGACAUUGCUGAAGAAGAUCUCACUGAGUUGGAGCAGUUUCAUGAUGUUGUUGUUGCAUCAGCCAUAUUUGGGAACUAUGACAUAAUACAACAGCCCAAGAAUAUCAGUGAAGCAGCAAGGGAAAAUGUUCCAUUUUAUAUGUUUAUUGAUGAAGAGACAGAAGCAUAUAUGAAGAAUUCUAGUGCCUGGGACGGCAGUAAGAUGAUUGGAUUGUGGAGAAUUGUUGUUGUCCACAAUAUUCCUUAUAAUGAUGCAAGACGCAACGGAAAGGUUCCAAAGCUUCUACUACAUAGAAUCUUUCCCAAUAUCCGAUAUUCAAUAUGGAUUGAUGGAAAGCUUCAACUUGUUGUGGAUCCUUAUCAAAUUCUUGAGAGGUUUUUGUGGCGACAAAAUGCUAGUUUUGCAAUCUCAAGACACUAUAGACGUUUUGAUGUGUUUGUAGAAGCUGAAGCAAAUAAAGCUGCAGGGAAAUAUGACAAUUCCUCCAUUGAUUACCAGAUUGACUUCUAUAGAAAAGAGGGUUUGACACGGUAUUCUGAGGCCAAACUUCCUAUAACAAGUGAUGUUCCUGAAGGUUGCGUAAUUAUACGGGAACACAUUCCCAUUACGAACCUGUUCACCUGUUUGUGGUUCAAUGAAGUAGAUCGUUUUACUGCUAGAGAUCAGCUAAGCUUUUCCACUGUGCGGGAUAAAAUUAUGUCCAAAGUUAACUGGAAUGUCAGCAUGUUCAUGGACUGUGAAAGGCGUAGUUUUGUAAUUCAGGCAUACCAUAGAGAGCUAUUGGAGCACAUGAGACCUGCAGCUCGGGCAUCCGUUUCUCCUCGAUCAAUUGAGAAGCCAUCAUCAGUUGUAGGUACUGGGAAUGUCACUGGAAGGGUUCCAGGGAGGAAAAAUCCUUCAAAACGUGGAAGAGGAGACAGGAGAUCUGGUUCGAGGCAUCACCGGAAAGUCGUUGUCGGUAAAAGAGACAACAUUUUUUCGAAUUGAAUAUAUCCUUUGGGCAAGGAUUUAUUAAUUCUUUCGUUCUUUCCUAUUUCAUUUUAGUCAUCAGAUCAAAGGGAAGGAGCACAUUGGGCAUGCCUGUGUACAUCCGAAGAUAGAAAUGGCUCAAAUUCUUGUUUGGAAACUGUCAAUAUAUUAUUCUUUUUUUUUUUUUUCUCCCGUUGUAAAUAUUUUAAUUCCUAAUAAAAUUUCAUACAAAUUUUUGCCA